UUUUUUUUUUUUUUUUUUAUAUUUCCCACAAUUUCAACCCUUCUUUCAUAUUUACCCAAUUUUCAUUACUAUAACCUCACAUAUCACGCUAAUUACCUUUCUUCCUCUGCCGGACUAUCGGACUUCCGAUUACCUAAUUCAGGUGCACAUUCAUCCGAACACUUGAUCUCUCUCCAACUCACGGUUGAAAUGUCAUAUGCAACUGCCCGGCAGGUUUACGUUUCAUCGCCCUCUGCCUGCACGAUAUUGGGUUGA